AUGGAGCCGGCUCCCGUCUUUCGCACCCCCCGCAAAAGGGUCGCAUACUAUUACGACCACGAUGUCGGCAACUUCAGCUACGGACUUGGCCACCCCAUGAAGCCCCAUCGUAUGCGCAUGACCCAUAACCUCGUCACCAACUACGGCUUACACAAAAAGAUGGACAUUCUUCGACCCAAACGUGCCACUCGCAACCAAAUGACCCGGUUCCACACCGACGAGUACGUCGACUUUCUCCACCGUGUCACGCCGGAAACUGUCCACGAGCUCACCAACGAAGGCACACGCUAUCUCAUCGGCGAAGAUUGUCCUGCGUUUGACGGGCUCUAUGAGUUCUGCUCUAUCUCGGCAGGAGGCUCGCUGGCUGCUGCGACGAGGUUGAACUCGGGAGAAUCGGAUGUAGCAAUCAACUGGGCGGGUGGUUUGCAUCACGCCAAAAAGAGGGAGGCGAGUGGUUUCUGUUACGUCAACGAUAUUGUUCUUGCCAUCCUCGAGCUGCUCCGCGUGCACCUCCGUGUGCUGUACAUCGAUAUCGACAUUCAUCAUGGUGAUGGAGUCGAAGAGGCGUUUUAUACAACGGAUAGGGUGAUGACAGCGAGCUUCCACAAGUUCGGUGACUUUUUCCCCGGAACAGGCGAUGUGAGGGAUAUCGGUAUGAAGAAGGGCAAGAACUACUGUGUCAAUGUACCGCUUCGUGACGGCAUUGGUGAUUUGGAGUUCGGGAAUAUCUUCCGACCUGUUAUCUCGCAUAUCAUGGGAUGGUAUCGACCGGGAGCAGUGGUGUUGCAGUGUGGUGCGGAUUCGCUGGCGGGGGACAAGUUGGGUUGUUUCAACCUUUCGAUGCGUGGACAUGCGGAUUGUGUUGCGUUUAUGCAGACAUUCGAUGUUCCGCUCAUCACACUAGGUGGUGGGGGUUAUACAGUGCGCAAUGUUGCACGCACUUGGACUUACGAGACGGGUCUUCUGGUUGGAGAGAAGCUAGACGAGGAUUUGCCGUUCAACGAUUACAUCCAGUAUUUUGGACCAGAGUAUAAGCUCGAAGUGCCACGUACCUCGAUGGAGAAUCUCAACACCCGCGAGUAUCUGGAGAAUCUUCGUAUCAAGGUCAUCGAUAAUCUGCGUCAAUUACCAUCCGCACCAGGUGUGCAGAUGCAAGAGACACCGAGGACGACACUCAAUCCAGCAGAUGUCGAAGUGUCGGAUGACGGAGAUUCGGAUUUGGACGAAAGGAUUUCGCAGCGAUUGAGAGAUUCGCAUGUUCAGCAUUGGGAUGAUGAGUUAUCCGGUGACGAGGACGAGGGGGAGUCUGCAUGGGCUAUGGCUACAAGUAGAAGGUCGAACGAUGCAUCUGUGAAUGAGAAGAGAAGACCGGGGAUUAUGGAUCCGAUUAGGCCGUUCGAGCAUGAUUUAGGACUCAAGUAUUUGGCGCAGAACGGUUCGGGUGCGGCAAAGGGGAAAGGAAGGCCAAAGAGGACAUUCUUUGCUUCGAGAGCUGCUAAGCCGGUGUUGGCUGAUUUGCAUCUGGACGAGGACGAGGAAGAUGAGGAGGAGGAGGAGGAGGAGGAGGAGGAUGAUCAUCACGGUCAUCAUCUUAGGAAAAGUGUGAGGGUCAGACCCGUUUUGUCGAGCGAUACCGGUAGUGGGUUGCCAGGGGAUGCGACACCGAUGAGCGAUGUAGAGAUGGGAAGCCCUGCGCUUUCGGCUGCUGCUAUUGCGUCGUCCAAUGGAAACGGUCAUAUGAAUGGGAGGGCUGCUGCGAAUGGCCGCAGGUAG